CAUGACACAACGAAAAUGAGGAGAAAAAUGAAGUUAUUCCUAUUUUUAUUAUUAGUAAUUAAUAUAUGUCGGUCGGCCGCUGCUAACGGUGACGAAUGCCCGAAAUUCUGUAAAUGUGCUCCGGAUCCGGUGCAGCCGACGUCUAAACUCCUAUUAUGCGACUAUUCUUCGAAAAACACGACAAUUACACCUAUUGCGUCGUCGAAUUAUGAUCAGGUUGCUAAUAUUCGAUCACUAUUCAUAUCUUGUGAUAAUAAUAAUUUCCAAUUUCCGGAUGCCUACUUCAAGUCGUUAACCGCGUUGCAUCAUCUGCGGAUAGUGGGAUGCGAGACCACACAUUUCUCUGUGAAAUUGUUCGAAGAUUUGGCCGCUUUGAGAAGAUUGGAACUCGAUCAGAUCUCCACCGCCUCAACCUCUUUCGAAAUGACCGAAGACGUCCUAAUGCCGUUGGCUCGUCUCGAAAAGUUUUCCCUCACGAGAUCACGGAAUAUCGAGCUUCCACAGCGACUUUUGUGCUCUCUGCCGCAUUUACAGGUUCUGAAUAUCUCGUCAAAUGAGCUUCCAUCACUGCGAAGAGAGGAAUCGUGUGUCGCUCAGCAGCUUCUGAUCGUCGAUUUGUCUAGAAAUCGGCUCACCAACAUCGAGCAAUUCCUACGUGGCAUCCCGGCAAUCCGGCAAAUUUCGGUGGCUUACAACUCGAUCGCCGAGCUCGAUUUAUCGCUGGCAACUCCAUUUCUACAACAACUCGAUGCUGAAGCCAAUCGAAUCGUCGACUUGACGUCACUUCCAGGCACUGUUGUACACGUGAAUUUGGCUGGAAACGCGCUGAAAAGGGUGCCGGAUGCGGUAGCCGAGUUGGCGAGUCUUGUGGCGUUAAAUGUGUCGAGAAAUGAGAUUGAAGCCGGAAAUUCGUCGGUUUUUUCUUCCCCAGAACUCGAAAUGCUCGACGCCUCUUACAACAAAUUGGACAGUCUGCCCGUCGAAUGGCUUCAAAAAUGCGAAAAACGCAUUGCUCACCUCCAUUUGGAGCACAAUUCGAUUGAGCAGUUGACUGGUGGAGUGCUGGCGAAUGCGACUAAUUUACAGACGUUGGACCUUUCAUCGAAUCAACUUCGAGUUUUUCGAGACGAAGUACUUCCGGAGAAUUCGAAAAUUGGAAAUUUGAGACUUUCCAACAACUCUUUGGAGCUCCUCGAGCCGUCGAGCCUGAGCGGCUUGAAAUUGGAAUCCCUUGAUCUGAGUCAUAAUAAGCUGACAGAAGUGCCCGCCGCAAUUGGAAAAGUCGAGCAGCUGAAAAAAGUGGAUUUGAGCCAUAAUAGAAUUGCGAAGGUUUAUCAAUAUGUGCUCAAUAAGAUUAAGCAAUUGCAUACUGUUGAUUUGUCGAAUAAUCAGUUGCAAAGUAUCGGCCCCUACAUCUUCUCCGACAGUUCUGAACUUCAUUCCCUGGACGUGUCGAAUAAUGAGAUUUCACUGCUGUUCAAGGACGCUUUUGCGAGAUGCCCAAAGCUGAGGAAAAUUUCGAUGAAAAUGAAUAAAAUUAAAUCCCUCGACGAAGGUCUCACAGAAGCUUCCGGCCUCCGACGUCUCGACGUAUCUCAUAACGAGAUCCUCGUGCUGAAAUGGUCGGCUUUACCUGAAAACUUGGAGAUUCUCAACGCUGAUAACAAUGAUAUCAAUCUCCUGACCGCCGCCUCAAUGUCCCCAAGCACCGCAAACUUGAAGUCCGUUUCGCUUUCCAACAACGGCAUCACCAUAAUGAAUGCGGACCAGAUUCCGAAUUCGCUCGAGUCGCUGGACGUGUCGAAUAAUCGACUUGCAAAGCUCGGGAAGACAGCGUUGGCCGCGAAAUCUCAGUUGAGAAGGCUCAACUUGAAGGGCAAUCUGCUUACCGUAGUGGCCACCGAGUCGAUGAAAGUCGUAGAGGCUGUGCAUCCGUUGAAAGUGGAAAUCUCGGAGAAUCCUCUGAUCUGUGAUUGUCAGAUGGGAUGGAUGAUUGGUGGAGCGAAGCCAAAGGUUCUCAUUCAGGACUCUGAAACCGCAAGCUGUUCCCAUGCCGUUGAUGGGCAUCAGAUCCAGAUUCAAAGUCUCAGCAAGAAGGAUCUACUGUGCCCAUACAAAAGUGUAUGUGAGCCGGAAUGUAUCUGCUGUCAAUACGGAAAUUGCGAUUGCAAAUCCGUAUGCCCCGCCAAUUGCCGAUGCUUCAGAGAUGAUCAGUUUAAUAUCAACAUUGUCAGAUGCCACGGGAACUCAUCAAUGGUGCCCAAAAGAGAAUUCGUGGUCUCCGAGCUCCCGGUCUCUGCGACAGAGAUCAUUCUGAGCGGAGUCACCCUUCCACAGCUCCGAACUCACAGCUUCAUCGGAAGACUUCGUCUCCAGAGGCUUCAUAUCAAUGGAACCGGGCUCCGAUCCAUCCAACCGAAGGCUUUCCAUACUCUUCCAGCACUGAAGACGCUGGAUUUGUCGGAUAACUCGUUGAUCUCGCUGAGCGGGGAGGAAUUUCUAAAGUGUGGAGAAGUCUCGCAGCUUUUCCUCAAUGGAAAUCGAUUUUCCACGCUAUCCCGUGGAAUCUUCGAGAAGCUUCCGAACUUGAAAUAUCUGACACUUCAUAACAACUCCCUCGAAGACAUCCCUCAGGUUCUUCACUCGACGGCGCUCUCCAAGAUCUCCCUGUCAUCGAACCCCUUGAGAUGCGACUGCUCGGGAGGAUCCCAACAGCACCUUCACCAUCGUCGUGACCCAAAAGCUCAUCCAUUCUGGGAGCAUAAUGCGGCCGAGUGGUUCUCGUUGCAUCGGCAUCUUGUCGUUGAUUUCCCCAAGGUUGAAUGCUGGGAGAACGUGACGAAGGCCUUCCUGACGAACGAUACGACAGUGCUGAGCGCCUAUCCACCUAAUAUGGGAAAUGACGUCUUUGUGAUGCCUAUUGAAGAAUUCCUGCGCGACUACAACUCAACAAUCUGUGUUCCAUUCUCAUCUGGAUUCUUUGGACAAGACCCUCAGAAUAGUAUACUCUUUGUAAUAAUAACUAUAUCGAUUGCUGUUCUCCUCUGUGUCCUCGUUAUUCUCGCAAUUUCAUUUAUUCGAAAAUCUCACGACGCAAUCAAUCAACGAAGAUACAAAGCAUCAUCUCUAAAUUGUUCAACAUCAGCCGGCUCGUCGCCUCUUCCGGUUCCGCUGUUGAGUUAUCACGCAUUUGUGAGCUAUUCGAAGAAGGACGAGAAAAUGGUGAUUGAUCAAUUGUGUCGACCGCUGGAAGAUGAAGAUUAUCAGUUGUGCCUGUUGCAUCGGGAUGGGCCGACUUAUUGCUCGAAUUUGCACGCGAUAUCUGAUGAACUCAUAGCUCAGAUGGACUCGUCGCAAUGCUUGAUUCUUGUGUUGACUAAACACUUUUUGGAGAACGAGUGGAAAACGCUGCAGAUUAAGACCUCCCACCAACUAUUCGCCAAAAACCGUGCAAAACGAGUGAUCGCCGUGCUCGGCGACGGUGUGGACGCGAAUCUGCUGGACGAUGAGCUCGGACAGAUUCUACGGAAGCACACGAGAAUCGAGAUGCGGAGCCAUUUAUUCUGGACACUUUUGCACUCAUCACUUCCAUCACGACUUCCAUUACCAUCGAAUAGUGGCGAUGAUUCGUCUCAACUAUAUUCGGAUAUCUAUGGAAUUGUGCCUUCCGAUGUUGUUUAGCUUACAGUUUUCCCGUUUAGGUCACAGUUUUUAGUAUUUUUUUUCCUCUUCCAAAUGUACGAGUUUCCAUUAUUCACGAGGUUUCUUUUUCACCCCCAAUUCUUCUGUGCACAAUUUGCCAUUUUUUGAAUUUUUACAACAAUACCGGUACUAUAUUUUUCGAUUUUCUUUCUUUUUCUAUGAAUCUUGCCAUCAUUCUCUAAUAAUUGACCAGCGAUUAUAUUUUUGAUUUAAUAAUUGAAUAUUCUCGUUUUUCAGUUCAAAUUAUUGCUUUUUUCUGUCACCACAAAUUCAAAUUCUCGUCCUACCCUGUGUGAUCUUCUGUAAUAUAUAUAUAUUAAUAAUCGUCGUUUCUUCUUGUUGUCAUUUGCGGAUGCUUAUGAAGCUUGUAUUUU